AUGAUCAAGUUAUCAGUUGUCGUAUUUCUAGGAAUAUUAGCAUUAGCUGCAUCUCUUCCCUCGGAAUGUAAGAAGAAAACAAAUUAUGUCCGAGUAAGUAGAGAUAUUGGAAAAUCAGGUUCAACUGCUAGUGCUGGUGCAAGUACACAAUCAUUCUCAUCAGGAGGAGGUCUAGGUCAUGGCUUUGGCGGUGGAAUGUCUGGUUCUUCAGCAACAGCCGGUUCUUCAACUUUCAACAAGGGUCAUGGAUUUGGAGGUGGACUUUCAGGAUCAAGUGCAACUUCUGGUGCGAGCACACAAUCGUUCAAUCAGGGAGGUGGAUUUGGCGGACAUGGAUUUGGUGGUGGACUUUCAGCUGCUAAUGCUGGUGCAUCCACACAAUCAUUCAACCAAGGAGGUUUUGGUGGUGGACAUUCGGGAUCUGCAGCUAAUGCUGGGGCAAGCACGCAGUCAUUCAACCAAGGAGGUGGUUUUGGUGGUGGGCAUUCGGGAUCUGCAGCUAAUGCUGGGGCAAGCACUCAAUCUUUCAAUCAAGGAGGUCAUGGCUUUGGUGGUGGAAUGUCAGGUUCUGGUGCAACUGCCGGGUCGACUUCAAGUACUUUUAAUCAGCAACCCGGUUUUGGUUUCGGACAGCCUGGAUUUGGACAGCCUGGUUUUGGACAAUUUGGAGCUUUCCCUAGUCCAAUGUUUGCCCAACCAGGCUUUGGUGCAUUUGGACCUGGUGGAUUUGGAAUGUCAGGCGCAAAUGCUGGAGCACAAUCAUUUACCCAUGGUGGUGGUUUUGGAGGUCAUGGAAUUGGAGGUGGAGCGUCUGGUGCAGGAGCUUCAGCUGGAACUCAAUCAUCUUCCCUUGGAGGUGGUCAUGGAAUUGGAGGUGGACAUGGAAUUGGUGGAGGUCAUGGCAUAGGAGGUGGAGCGGCUGGUGCAGGGGCUUCAGCUGGAACUCAAUCAUCUUCGCUUGGAGGUGGUCAUGGAAUUGGAGGUGGACAUGGAAUCGGAGGUGGUCACGGAAUUGGUGGCGGUCAUGUUGGUGGUGGUGGCGCUUCUGGAUCUGCUGCUAAUGCUGGUGCUGCCACUCAAUCAGUAACUCAAGGCGGAGGUCAUGGAAUCGGAGGUGGUCAUGGUAUCGGAGGCGGUCACGGAAUUGGUGGCGGUCAUGUUGGAGGCGGUGGAGCUUCGGGAUCUGCAGCAAAUGCUGGUGCUGCCACGCAAUCAGUAACUCAAGGCGGUGGUCAUGGAAUCGGAGGCGGUCAUGGAAUUGGCGGCGGUCACGGAAUUGGCGGCGGUCAUGUUGGAGGCGGUGGAGCUUCGGGAUCUGCAGCAAAUGCUGGUGCUGCCACUCAAUCAGUCACUCAAGGCGGAGGCCAUGGAAUUGGUGGUGGACAUGGAAUCGGAGGCGGUCAUGGAAUUGGUGGUGGUCAUGUAGGAGGUGGUGGAGCUUCGGGAUCUGCUGCAAAUGCUGGUGCUGCCACUCAAACAGUCACUCAAGGUGGAGGCCAUGGAAUUGGUGGUGGACAUGGUAUCGGAGGCGGUCACGGAAUUGGUGGCGGUCAUGUAGGAGGCGGUGGAGCAUCUGGAUCUGCUGCAAAUGCUGGUGCUGCCACUCAAUCAGUCACUCAAGGUGGAGGCCAUGGAAUUGGUGGUGGACAUGGAAUUGGCGGUGGACAUGGAAUUGGUGGUGGUCAUGUAGGAGGUGGUGGAGCAUCUGGAUCUGCUGCUAAUGCUGGUGCUUCCACUCAGUCACUAACUCAAGGCGGUGGACAUGGAAUAGGUGGUGGACAUGGAAUAGGUGGUGGACAUGGAGUCUCAGGAUCUGCGGCAAAUGCUGGUGCAUCUACGCAAACUUUAAAUAAAGGUGGAAUCGGUGGUGGAAUAUCAGGUUCAGCUGCUAAUGCUGCUGCUGGCACCCAAUCAUUCACCAAAGGACAUGGCAUUGGAGGUGGAAUUUCAGGAUCAUCAUCACACGCAUCUGCCGGAACACAAUCAAUCACCGUACCGGCUGGUGCAGGGGCUUCAGCUGGAACUCAAUCAUCUUCGCUUGGAGGUGGUCAUGGAAUUGGAGGUGGACAUGGAAUCGGAGGUGGUCACGGAAUUGGUGGCGGUCAUGUUGGUGGUGGUGGCGCUUCUGGAUCUGCUGCUAAUGCUGGUGCUGCCACUCAAUCAGUAACUCAAGGCGGAGGUCAUGGAAUCGGAGGUGGUCAUGGUAUCGGAGGCGGUCACGGAAUUGGUGGCGGUCAUGUUGGAGGCGGUGGAGCUUCGGGAUCUGCAGCAAAUGCUGGUGCUGCCACUCAAUCAGUCACUCAAGGCGGAGGCCAUGGAAUUGGUGGUGGACAUGGAAUCGGAGGCGGUCAUGGAAUUGGUGGUGGUCAUGUAGGAGGUGGUGGAGCUUCGGGAUCUGCUGCAAAUGCUGGUGCUGCCACUCAAACAGUCACUCAAGGUGGAGGCCAUGGAAUUGGUGGUGGACAUGGUAUCGGAGGCGGUCACGGAAUUGGUGGCGGUCAUGUAGGAGGCGGUGGAGCAUCUGGAUCUGCUGCAAAUGCUGGUGCUGCCACUCAAUCAGUCACUCAAGGUGGAGGCCAUGGAAUUGGUGGUGGACAUGGAAUUGGCGGUGGACAUGGAAUUGGUGGUGGUCAUGUAGGAGGUGGUGGAGCAUCUGGAUCUGCUGCUAAUGCUGGGGCUUCCACUCAGUCACUAACUCAAGGCGGUGGACAUGGAAUAGGUGGUGGACAUGGAAUAGGUGGUGGACAUGGAGUCUCAGGAUCUGCGGCAAAUGCUGGUGCUUCCACUCAAUCACUAACUCAAGGUGGUGGACAUGGAUUUGGUGGUGGGCAUGGAGUCUCAGGAUCUGCAGCAAACGCUGGUGCAUCUACGCAAACUUUAAAUAAAGGUGGAAUCGGUGGUGGAAUAUCAGGUUCAGCUGCUAAUGCUGCUGCUGGCACCCAAUCAUUCACCAAAGGACAUGGCAUUGGAGGUGGAAUUUCAGGAUCAUCAUCACACGCAUCUGCCGGAACACAAUCAAUCACCGUACGUUAA